AUGAGUGCGCGGAGACUCCUGUGGUCGCGGGUCCUCUCGAACCUCGGCGGGAGCGCAGGGUCGCGGCCCCCUACUAUCUCGGCAGCAGGGCGGAGGGGGAGGGCCCCAGAGGUCCAGGAAGAGAGAGAAAAGGAGAAAUUCGAGAAACUAGCCACUCGGGGAGAACCAGACAAACCGGGUCCCGGCAGGGCGGAGCCGGGUCUGGGGCCCCGGAGUGGGGGGCGGGCUCUCGGCAGGAGGGGCGCUGCUGAGGCCUCGGCACCCGAGCAGGAGGGUGGGGUGCCUGAGACCCCGUGCGCGUUCGGGCGCCGUUGGGAUGCGCGGAACCCCAGCUCCCCAGGACCCUCGGACGCCUCCGGGAGUCCAGCCCAGUGGGCAGAGCCCCACUCCUGGCUCCGCCCCAGGCCCGAUCCCCAAGAGUCAGCGGGGUACCCCAAAGGGGGUCGUGUAGGGGAGGUGGGGACUCAAAAUGGAGAGAAGAGGGGCCCCGCCCAGCGCCGGUCCCGCCCACCGGUCCCGCCCCUCCCGCCCGCAGCCCCCACCCCCCGCCCGGCUCCUCAACACAAACUUUCCGUCCCGCUCGCUCCCUCCUCCGCGCCCAGCACCUCCCGCUCCGGCCCGGCUCAUUCCGUACAUUCCGGCCAUCCCCCUGCCCACGACCCCCCUUCCCGGCCCCCCUCACUACUCCCUCGGGCCCGGCGGAGCGGCCCGGCGGAGCGCCCCCCGGAGCUCGGAGCAGGCGCAGGCUGUCCAGGGGGCUCAGGCCCAGAGCCCAGAGCAACCAGCACAAUAGCGUCCAACAGCUGGACCGCCAACAGCAGCCCCGGGGAGGCCCGGGAAGAUGGGUCCGAAGGCCUGGACAAGGGGCUGGACAACGAUGCCGAGGGAGUGUGGAGCCCGGAUAUUGAGCAGAGCUUCCAGGAGGCCCUGGCCAUCUACCCGCCCUGCGGCCGGCGCAAGAUCAUCCUGUCAGAUGAGGGCAAGAUGUACGGUCGAAAUGAGCUGAUCGCCCGCUACAUCAAGCUGAGGACUGGAAAGACCAGGACCAGAAAACAGGUGUCCAGCCACAUACAGGUUCUCGCUCGGAAGAAGGUUCGGGAAUACCAGGUUGGCAUCAAGGCCAUGAACCUGGACCAGGUCUCCAAGGACAAAGCUCUCCAGAGCAUGGCGUCCAUGUCAUCGGCCCAAAUUGUCUCCGCCAGCGUCCUGCAGAACAAGUUCAGCCCGCCCUCCCCGCUGCCCCAGGCUGUCUUCCCCACCUCCUCAAGGUUCUGGAGCAGCCCACCCCUGCUAGGACAGCAGCCUGGACCUUCUCAGGAGUAAGCAUCGCCUGUGUCUUCCAUGCCUUUACUUCCCUCCUUCCUCAACCCUGUCUCCCGCUGUCCCCACCCUACUGAGGAAGCAAAGUCAAUCCCUGGUUAUCGCCAGGUAGUGAACAAACCCAGGGUUCUCAGGUCUGAGACCGAGCCGACAGCCACCCUGUGAGCGGCUGUUUGUGGGUGGGAGGAGAGUGCAGCCAUCAGCGGUGGGAGGCGGCUGGGUGGUGACAUC